CCGCGGCUGCCCUCCCUCCCCUCCCCGGAAAAGGCGCCUCCGUAGCCUAUAAAGCGUGGGCACUGGCGGGAGAUGUGCACUGCCCGAGGCAAUGGACCAGCACGCACUUGAUGUUGGGGGGACCGUGGAUGCCGGACAUCCACCAGGUACUGCGCAGCCCCCGGAUGCGGCGUUCCUCAGAGAUACCGGGCUCCCUUCGGAUGCUGCGUUCCUGGUAGAUACUGUGCGCCUCACAGAAGCUGCGCUGCCCACGGAUGCUGCGUGCCCUGCGGUUAAUGUUCGGGAUCCUGAGGCCGCGUGGCCGCCGGCCCUGAACUUUUGUUCCCGCCACCCGAGGCUUUACUGCCUAGGCGGCUUGGUGUUGCUGCUCCUGGUCGCCUGUGUCCCUAUCUUCAUCCGCAUCCUACCUCAGCCCGCGCUCACAAUCACCACCUCGCCUGACCUGGAUACCGGAGAGAAUACUGCAGACCAGGUCACCCCUGUUUCCCACAUUGGCUGCGCCAACACUACACAACAGGGUUUUCCCGUGUUCGCCAAGCUACUGGCUAAAAACCAAGCAUCGCUGAGUAACACGACUCUGAACUGGCACAGCCAGGAGGGAGCUGGGAGCUCAUACCUGUCUCGAGGUCUGAGGUACGAGGAGGACAAAAAGGAGUUGGUGGUGGACAGUCCUGGGCUCUACUACGUGUUCUUGGAACUGAAGCUCAGUCCAACGUCCAUAAACACAGGCCGCAAGGUGCAGGGCUGGGUCUCCCUUGUUUUGCAAGCAAAGCCUCAGGUAGAUCACCUUGACAGCUUGGCCCUGACAGUGGAAUUGUUCCCUUGCUCCAUGGAGGACAAAUUAGUGGAUCGUUCCUGGAAUCGUCUGUUGCGCCUGAAGGCUGGUCACCGCCUCAGUGUGGAUCUGAGGGCCUAUCUGCAUGGAGCCCAGGAUGCAUACAGAGACUGGGAGCUGUCUCAUGCCAACACCACCAGCUUUGGACUCUUCCUUGUGAAACCUGACCCCCCUCAGGGAUGAGUUCUUACCCACGUGACAUUGCACAUGGGUGCUCUAGCCACCCUUCUUGUGACCCCUGGACGCUAAGACCCCAAGCUGCUAUAUUUCAUGGGGCCUAGGCAGUCCUUCCUCCAGGACUUUCCUCUUGUCUUUAACUGGACUCAGUAUUUAUUGUGAGCAUAGCUCAGACAAGACUUUAUAUAAUUCACUGGACAGCAUUAGUAACUGCUGGGCAGCUGCUAGAAAUCAAAGGUUCCCAAAUCAAACUUUAUAUUUAUAUUAAUAAGUAAAAAAUAAAUGUAUUUGUAAAUAA